AUGGACUCGCAGCACCUCGUCUCUCCCCAAGAAGCCGUUGCACAAGCCCAAGCUCGCAGAUUGCAGCCGUCCGACGCGAUGGCACACCACUCCCACCACGGCCACACCUCCGAAGACGUCGGAAGCGGUCAGCAGUACUUUAACCCCGCCGCCAUGCACUCGAGGGGCAUGAACAUGGAAGGAGGCGGCCACUACGGUGGCAUGCAGCUCCCGCCGCUCGGCGGCAACGCCAGCGGUCACGGCGGCGGCUACGGCAUGGGCCAUCCAGGCCUGAGCCACCAGUCCCCGCGCCUGCUCAACCAGAGCCCGCAGCAGCACUCGAGCCCGGCGCCGACGCUGUUCGGCUCGUCGCCCGGCCACCCGUACGGAUCCCACUUCCAGGGCCAGUCCCACGCGAUGCCCUCGCAGCUCUCGCACUCGCAGCACUCGCCCAACAACUCGCACGCCCACGUCCACGGCGGCCACGGCGCCGGCUCGAUGCCCAUGUACGGCGGCUACGGCCAGUCGGGCCAGCAGCACUACUCGCACGUGCCCGGCCAGGCUGCCCACGGCGGCAUGGGCGGCAUGGUGGGCGGCGCCGGCUCCAACCCCAUGAUGGGCGCGCCCAGCGGCGGCAACAGCGAGCAGUUCAACAACUUUAACCAGCAGCAGCACUACCAGCAGCAGUACUUCCACCCCGGUGGCGUCCAGGGCGUCGCGUCCGGACAGGCGGCCGGCAACGCCGCUGCCGCUGCCGCCCCUGCUGCCGUGCCCGCCGCCAAGGUCAAGGGCGAGAAGCGGGCCAAGGCGCCGGCCGCCUCGUCGCGCUCCAAGAAGGGCGUCUCGCCCAACGACGAGAAGCCGGCCAAGGACCGCCACCACCCGUACGCCGUGCCGGCCGCCGCCGCCGCCGUCGCCGCCCCGAUCCCCGUCAUGGCCGAGGAGAAGGAGGCCAAGCCGAGCGCCAGCAAGAAGGCCAAGAAGGAGGAUGCCCCCAAGGCGCCCGUCCUCAAGUCGCACCUCAAGCCUCCGAAGCAGGCGCCGUCGGCGUGGCAGAUUUUCUUUACCGAGGAGCUGCAGAAGAUCAAGGCGCACAGCCCCGGCGAGAAGCUCAACGUGGCCCACGUCGCCAAGGACGCAGGCCAGCGCUACGCGGCGCUGCCCCAGUCGGCCAAGCAGGAGUUCCAACGGAGGAGCCUCGAGGCCAAGGAGGUCUGGGAAAAGGAGAUGGAGGACUGGAAGUCGAAGCUGACGCCCGAGGACAUCCGACGCGAGAAUGCGUUCCGGACCGCGCAGCGCAAAGCGGGCAAGUCGCGCAAGGGCAAUCUCAAGGACCCCAACGCGCCCAAGAAGCCGCUGUCGGCCUACUUCCUCUUCCUGCGGGCGAUCCGGGCGGACCCCAACAUGACGCAGGAGGUGUUUGAGGGCGAGUCGGAGACGACCAAGCAGAGCGUGCUGGCCGCCGCCAAGUGGCGCAGCCUCUCGGAGACGGAGAAGCAGCCCUACCUCGACAAGGCCGAGCAGGACAAGGCGCGCUACGAGCACCUGCGCCGCGACUACGAGCAGCUCCACGGCCUCGAGCCCACGACGAGCAAGUCGGGAGGCAAGGGAGACGACGAUGACGACGACGACGACGAGGACGACGAUGGAGACGACCUGUGA